UUAUAAAGACAUCACUAGAAGCACAUUCGCCGGAUGGAUUGUGUACCGCGCCGUACAUCUUGAUUGACAUCUGGCAAAGACAUAUCACCACGGAAGGCUGUAGCUCGGCCAAUAGCUUGUAGUGGCGCCAGCUAAUUUUAAAACGAAGUGUGAAACCAAACAGGUCGGUUUUGUGGAAGUAUGCUGCUCAAAGCGUUUAUAUCCGUAUGGUGUGUGGUUGUGUUUUUGAGAUGUGUUGUUAGUGUGUUGGAUGAUCCUGACGAUUCUACCUCCUGUACGCAGAUAGACUUCGACGAGGCAACACUCUCAUCGCUGCAAAAGUGUGAAUAUGUGCAGGAGUUUAUCGUGAAGCGUUACAAUGAGUCGAAUCACUUUAAUCCGUAUCGUCCGGAAGCUGUACACUACCUGUCGCACCGUUGGCAAGGCCUAUCGUGUGGUGAAACGGUGAAUACUUACUCGUUUAACGAAGAAACGGAGCUACGUAUGGCGUACAAUCUGGUGUUUGAUAGUGGUGCUAUGCUCGAGGUGCGUGUGUUCGACGAAGAUCGAUUGGAUUCGGACAACAAACCGACACUGGUGGAGAUUUGGCAUAGGGUUACCACCACGGAAGGUUGGGGAUUGUUUCGCGAGAAGCUCAACAAAACGGUGAAGAAAGCGAGGAUUCAAAUUGAAGCCAAUAUCAACGCGGGAAGUGAUUUGGCGAUAGAGUACUUGACCAUAUUUAACUACGAGGUGGAAACAGAUGAGUGUAGCAAUAUUGAUGAAUUUUCCACGACUGUUCCUGUACCGUCAUCUACCGAACCAGCAACAACCUCCACAACAACGAUUGCUACGGAAACAACCACUCAACAACCUGUCACAACAACCCCGCUCGAGACAACGGUGACGACAACGGAAACAUUUUCGUCUACUUCGUUAUCAACCGUUGAUACCGAAGCAACAGUUACUACUGAAAUAGCAUCAGAACAAACGACCGUAAUGACUACCACCACUAUCGCUAGCAGCACAACCGAACAAUUAACAACGACCACCACCAAUGCACCUCGGGAUGACACUUCAAUUCAAACGACCUCCAGCACAUUACAACAAUCGACCAUCACGGAGACGGAUAGCUCACAGUCGACAAUGAUCUUCACCACUACUGAAAAGGCUUCAUUGAUCGCCGAUACACUAAGCACAAAGCAGUGGCUUUGGAUGACAUUGACAGCAGUGUUUGCAAUACUGUUCCUGUUGGCGACCAGUGUUGCCAUCUAUCUGUGCCUUAUAAACCGAUACUUGGAGCGGAUCACUGCUCAUCUACUAGAUGAAACCGAUCGCUAUCCAUAUAAGAAAACGUGAUCACUGUUAAGCGUAUCAGAUGUAUAUACACGUGUUUUGAUCUGAUCUGAGUUUGGUUUUAAGCUAAGGAAGGAAUAAAGAAAAUUGUGUGUUUUAGUGUA